AUGAGCACUUUAGAUAUUGCAGAAGACAACAAAAUAAAAAAUGAAGAAUUCAAAAUUUGGAAAAAAUCAAUACCCUCAUUAUACCAACAUAUUUCAAGUUUGAAGCCUAUCUUUGGCUCAGGCGUUGACGAAUCUCCAUCGACACUUAGGAGUAUAGUUUUCACUAACGAUAGCUCAUGUAAUAAAUCCAAAGGUGUUUUGAGCGUACCACUUUUAUAUUCUCAAGGGAGUGAAAUCUUUGAGGUGGAUUGUAUAGUGCCACUCGGACUUCAUUACAAAAAACCUGAAAGCAUUUCAGAACCGUUAGUACAACCGGAUUAUACCAUGGAAUCUCAAAAGGUGGAGCAGACUGUUUUGAUUCCAAAAUGGGAAUUUAAAGGUGAAACGAUUGCAAAGAUGAUUUACGUGGAUAACAGCGAAAUAAAUGUAAAGGUGAUAGCCCUUUCUACCAAUGGUUCUUUGGCAUGGUUCAGAGAAGGUGUCAAAUCGCCCGUUUACACAAUGAUGGAGCCAUCCACUUCUCUAAGUUCAGCAUCGUCCGGAAAUCAAAAUAAACCCUGUGUUGAUUUUGCAAUUUCUAACGAUUCAAAAACCUUAACAGUAACUAAGGAAAAACAUCUUGAUAAUGAAAACGCUACAAUAAAAUUGAUAGACAACUCAGGUAAAAUAGGAGAAGUGCUUCGUACAAUACCUGUUCCUGGCAUAAAGAAUAUUCAAGAAAUCAAGUUUUUGAAUAAUCAAAUAUUCGCCACUUGUUCUGAUGACGGUAUCAUAAGGUUUUGGGGUAAUGAGAUAGGCAAAAAGCCCCUUUGGAUUCUAAACGAUUCUUUGGACGGCAAAACAACUUGUUUUGCUGCAUCACCGUUUGUUGAUACAUUAUUUAUGACGGGAACUAGUGGUGGGGCUCUCAAGGUUUGGGAUAUACGUGCAGUUAUCGCUUUAGGGGAUGCUGAUGCUGAGUUAAAUAUCAACCAAGGACAUAAUAAAGUCAAUGAACUAUUCAAAGUUCAUCACUUUUAUAGCGAGCAAGUGUCCAAAAUAGAGUUUUCUUCCAUUUCGCCUAUGGAAGUGGUUACAAUUGGAGGGUUAGGUAAUGUUUACCACUGGAAUUUCGAACCUGUUUUUGCCAUUUAUAACGAGAUACAUGAGGACUUUCAAGGCAUAAUAUCUGACGAAUUGGAGGCCGAAAGCAUGGCAUUUUAUCACACUGAGGGCUGCAGAAGAGAAAUAGGAGAAAAUAAUAAGGUUAAUACCGUUGCUUAUCACAAAUACAUUGAGGAUCUAGUUGCUACAGUUGAUAGUGACGGGUUGUUAACUGUAUAUAAGCCGUUUACUGGAAAAGUUUUAGAUGGCAGUAGAGAGGUUGGAGCUGCCAAAAGUUAA